CCCCCCUCGCAGGCCUCGGCGGCGGCUGCCACGGCCGAGCUGCUGAAGCGGCAGGAGGAGCUGAACCGGAAGGCGGAGGAGCUGGACCGGCGGGAGCGGGAGCUGCAGAACGCGGCCCUCGGCGGCACCGUGAGGCCGAACAACUGGCCCCCGCUGCCGUCCUUCUGCCCGGUGAAGCCUUGCUUCUACCAGGACAUCCCGGUGGAGAUCCCCGCUGACUUCCAGAAGACCGUUUCCACCAUGUAUUACCUCUGGAUGGCCAGCACCAUUGCUCUCUUCCUGAACUUCUUGUCCUCGCUGGCCUGGUUCUGUGUGGACCCCUCGUUCGGUUCUGGGUUUGGCCUCUCCAUUCUCUGGGCUCUCCUCUACACGCCCUGCUCCUUUGUCUGCUGGUACAGGCCCAUGUACAAAGCUUUCAGGAGUGACAGUUCCUUCAACUUCUUUGUCUUCUUCUUCGUCUUCUUUGCCCAGAACGUGAUGUACGUGCUGCAGGCGAUUGGCAUACCCAACUGGGGGUUCAGUGGCUGGAUACUGAGCCUGAUAGCACUGCGGAAGAACACAGCUGUGGCUGUGAUGAUGAUCCUGGUGUCCGUGUUCUUCACAGCAGUGGCUGUUUUGGGAAUCAUUAUGCUGAAAAGGAUCCACUCUCUGUACCGCCGGACGGGCGCCAGCUUCCAGAAAGCGCAGGAGGAGUUUGCUGCCGGGGUCUUCUCCAACCAGGCGGUGCGCACCGCCGCAGCCAACGCUGCUGCGGGUGCUGCCACCAACGCCUUCCGCGCACCCUAGCCAGGCAGAGCCCGGCUCCUCACCACACGUGGGCUUGUUCUAGGGAAGAGGAAAUCCAAGUUGCACUUUCAUUGGA